AAUCACAAGUUCACAAGUUCAUUCUAUCCAGCGACCACCACGACUGCACGACAUUCGUGACAACCUCAUUGUGCGCUCCUCUCUUUCAUCAUAGAUUGGCUAUGGUAUCUUGUUAACGCAUACUAUAUCACAUAUAACUUGGACUACAACGACUAGACUCGCGGAGGGUGAACGAUUUCAAUCGGAGCCUGAACGUCCUUCUCUCCAACAUCCACGACGACGAGCACAGCAGCGACGACAGCGACGACAACUGCAACAAUGGGAAUAGAUCAAGGGGCAAAGAAACUGCUUGAGACCGCAACGAUAGAGACACUUCAUGCUCACAACUUCUCUCGGUCGUCUACUCAGGCAACUCUCGUUCUGACGGAUCUGCUUUCUCGAUACUUUACCGUGCUGACGACAACAUGCGCCAAGUACGCUGAACACGCUGGCAGGAGUCGUCUGACGGCCAAGGACGCAAUAUGCGCUCUAGAUGACUUGGGUGUGGACGUGGAAGAGCUGAGCGAAUACUGUGCCUCAGAAGGGAAGGAGAUGUCGCGGUACGCUGUACAUACCGCACGCAGGAUCGAGGACUUGAAUGAGUUUAAAGCAUCUCUUACGGCUGGUCUGAGAGAAGACAGGGACGACGCUGUGCCACUUGUGUACGGUCCCAUACCCAGUCUUCCCUCGUCAGACGAGGAAUACGAGGAGAGCGAAGCAGAAUGGGAACAGGAGGAGGGCUUGCAACUGCCAGAAAUCCGUAUGGAUGGAGACAAACCAGAAGAUGUGAUUGCUGUAGAGCGUGUGCUCAAACGACAUUCGCCUCCGCCGUUGCCUUUGUCCCCUAUCUCCAAUCCUCCUUCACCACCUCGGAAACGACCACGAACCGCAAGCUGGAACCCUCCACCGCAUAUACCUUCCUUUCUUCCUCCAUUUCCUACAGAUACGCCUCGUCAUACGCCCAGCCCUCCGCCCCUCGACCUCCAUCCAGUAGCUCCCCCAAGUGUUGAACCAGUCAAAGUUGAACCAAUACCUUUACCAGCGUCUCAGGAGACCACCUCCUCGAAACCCCCAGGAGAUUGGGUCACGCCAACGCCAUACGAACUGUCAGGUUUGGCCUCUCAGCCGACAUGGCAUCUUCCACUCAAACCGCCAACACCUCCGCCAUCACCACCAAACAGGCUUCCUGUGCCCAUGGCUGAACCUGCCUUACUCGGAGCCUAUCAUUAUAUUCUCACGCACCACCCGAAGACGAAACUCGAUCAGUUUCACCCAGGUCCUACGAAUCCAGGGCGAUAUAAAGUUGCCCUUGAACUAGUUAGACAGGCUGAAACUCAACCUCGCUGGGACCCUCCUCCGACACUCUUUGCGAGCACGGCACCCAAUGCGCCGAGGGUGGCUGCUAUUGCACCAUCAUAUCCCAUUCCCUAUGGGAAGCUCGCAGAAGAGGAGAAGGAUAUGAAGCCAUCGAAAGGCGGAAAGGACAGAGACAUGGAAGAGGCCAAAUUGCCACCGACACAACCGAAAAUUGUCGCUGGAAUCGAUCGUCUGUCGCCGUUGGUCAGUCAGCCAUAUACCAGGAUACCUGCUUUGGCUCGCGAACUGCUAUCUGUAAGUAAUACAUAUCCGAUUAUCAAUGUCCUACCACUGAUGCACCGUUCUAGCGUCCUGUAUAUCACCGAACGACACGACUAUCACAUCCAAAUGUCCUUACUCGCGGAACGAAGAAAUUGGUGUAUGGUGAAUCAAUUGCUGCGCCGUGGAACACUACACCGUCGGCAGCAGAAGGCAAGGAGGCUGCCAGUGGGAAAGAGAAAACGAAGGAUAAGGAUAUGGUAACGUCUAAGGUCCUUCCUGAUGCUGCGUUGUUCGCGACAUGGGAUUUCGAGCAGAAGAGGUAUGAUCAGCCGUUACCUGCUGGAAGGAAAGGUAGGAUGGGAAAUAUCAGUGUACAUCCUCCCGUGCCGAAGGGAAGGGGGAGAAGUGAGAGCAGGGGUUUAUAAGUUGUUACUUAUUCAAUUUGCUGUUGAUUCUGUUUUGUUAUUAUAUAGACCACUUUCAAUGCUAGCAUGGUCGACAAUUGGGAACACAUAAAGUGACGAAUUGCCAACGAAUCUAGGCGUGAUUCUCAUUCUGAGGAUGUCUGUAUCUGUGUGCGGACUUGGCGGCUCAUUCAGGCUGCUCGGCUUGUGAACUAGAAAAUGUGCAUAUGAAGGUCUCGACGAAUGUAUCGGUAUGAAGUUAUUCAGAUUAAAUGUCAUCG